CCAAAGGCAACCUCAAAACCCACUGCGAAUCCACAACAAGAGGAAUAAUGUCGUCUUUAGGUCUUACCGCCGCACUGCACAUCCACAAUGUAUUGCUUCUCAUGCAAGUCAUCAAUCAUACGGCGUAGAACCCGGACUAAGUAAAGGCUAAUUGAUCUGUUCGUGCGACCCUUUGAUCAGGUCCAGCAGUAUAAGUAGGUAGUUAUGGUUGUUCGCCGUCUUUAUCUCUCUACCCAGAUAUCCACAUAUCUACACCUUCUCCAUUGUUAGCAUCUAAUCAGCACAAUGGUUCAACUCCUCCCUUACGUCGCCUCUCUCCUAGCCCUCGGUCAGGCUGUAGCUGCUGCCAAGGCAGUUACAUCCUUUUCAGAAUGGGUUGAUGGCAUCAUUGAGAAUCCCGAUGGUGAUAACAUGACACCCGAGGAGGUCGUCGCUGCCUUUCAGAGUGGGCAAUUCAGCACUCCACCAUCAGCGAAGCUCAGUCGUAGCUUGUACCAAAAGCGCGCGACUUGCUAUGAGCAACCGAACACUGAUUGUCUUAUUACAGAUGCUGUUGCAUGCAUCAACACCGUCGCCCGCAAAACCAACUGCCUCAACGAUUAUCUGCAGUGCCAGAUCAAUACUGCCGCAUUGACGACUGACGGUACACCAAACUCUUCAUGUAACGACGUCGCCCGUGGCGCAGGGUUUAUUCUGGAUGCUUGCGUUGUUUCAGGUAGUGAUAGGGUGCAAGGGUCGGAAUUCGCAUAUGGAAAUGGAGCAGAGCUGGUGCGACUUCGACGACCUUAGUUAUGGGUAGAGAGCAUAUUAAGAUUGUACUUCGC